UUUUUUUUUGAGAUGGAGUUUCAUUCUUUUUGCCCCAGGCUGGAGUGCAAUGGCAAGAUCUCUGUUCACUGCAACCUCGGCCUCCCAGGUUCCAGUGCUUCUCGUGCCUCAGCCUCUUGAGUAGCUGGGAUUACAGGUGCCUGCCACCAUGCCCAGAUAUUUUUUUUUUAGUAGAGAUGGGGUUUCACCACGUUGGCCAGACUAGUCUUGAACUCCUGACCUCAGGUGAUCCGCCCAUCUCGGCCUCCCAAAGUGCUCAGAGUUACAGGCAUGAGCCACCGUGCCUGGCCUGUUUCACUGUAUUUCUUAUGGUGUUACUUGUUCUUCAACCUCCUCUAUUUCCUGUAAGCACGAAGUUGGGUCUAAAGUCUUGAAUAUACACUUUUGGGCUGGGUGGCAUUGUGCAUUGUGACUACAUGCCUGGUCAUCCAGUAUGAUGCCCAGAUCUGCCACUGAAUCCAAGAGGCAGUGGGCAUAGGCCUUGCUGCAAGACCGUGCUCCUUCCCUUUCAAAGGGCAAGCAAUCUGUGGUCAGGCCCCUUUUCCUGCAUAAAAUCUCCACAUCCCUGUUCCAUUCUCAUCUCUCCCCACCAACUGAGAAACAUGCCCCAUUGACUCACUGUGCCUUCUGGUACCUCCACCAGGCAAGAUUUUGCUGAAUUUACCUCCUGAAUUUGCAGUGCACAUGGGUGAAAUUUUUUUGAAAUAAAAAAAUUAAAACUGUAAUUUUCAAGAUUUAAAACUGUAAUAUUGAUUGUGUUCUUCAUGGCUCCAAAGCAAGAUUCUGUUGUAUCUUGGAGGAGGGGGGUCACUACUCUGAAAUCCCAGUGAUGGGCAGCACUGAGCAACUGAGAGCCUCAGCAUUCUUGGGCUUGUUCACACCCACAAGCAUGGCACAGAUCCAAGUCCUGCAAGAUGCCUGGGAGGGCAACUGAGACCUGUGGCCCAGCCACAUUGACUCAGGAGGUAAAAAUGUCAACAGGCCACAACCUCCAGGGCUCCUGGAAUUGGAGACGAAGCCAGUUCUGAGCUUAUGCAACCAUAGGACAGUGAGAGAGGGCCAUGGACUCGAUUUAGAGCCACAAGAUGAGAGCACUGCUGGAGCACCGUGGGGAUGCUGGCAAAUCUCAGAGCUUCAAGGACUGUAGCUACAGGUACAUCUCAGCCAAACUUGGGCACAUGUUGCAAUCAAGGGACUGAAGCUACAACCACCUGGCCCGUGGUCCACCUGGAGUUGUUUUGUUUUGUUUGUUUGUUUUUGAGAUGGAGUCUCGCUCUGUCACCCAGGCAGGAGUGCAGCGGUGCGAUCUUGGUUCACUGCAACCUCCGCCUCCUGGGUUCAAACAAUUCUCCUGUCUCAGCCUCCUGAGUAGCUGGGACUACAGGUGUGCGCCACCAAGCCCAGCUAAUUUUUGUAUUUUUAGUACAGACAGGGUUUCUACUAAAACCCUGGCUGGCCAGGCUGACCUCGAGCUCCUGACCUCAAGUGAUCUGCUUGCCUCAGCCUCCCAAAAUGCUGGGAUUACAAGCAUGGGCCACUGUGCCCCGCCCCACCUGGAGUUUUAAAAUUCUGAUUUAUAAAUUUAUUAUAUGACAGUCUAUCAAAAGUAUGCAAAUCCUGCACUACACUUAUGUAUUCAGUGAGUCACCUUUAACUGAGUGCAAGUGGCAACUGUUCUAGAAAAUGGGAACCAUGAGGUUAUCAAAGAACCUGGAGGUAGGGUCAGAUGCGGAAGCACAUCAUUAUGAUGUCUUACACAUGCAGUCAUGUCUCCUCUUAUAAUCCUAAGACUGACCUGUGAGGUUCCUAUUACAACCCCUAGUUUACAUGUAGAAAUAUCAGAACCCCAAGGUUUAGAAACAGAAUGGCCAGAAACAGGAGGAGGAUGGCCACGCAGCUGGGUGUGGCAAGGCCAGGCCUCCCAAGUCUGCGUGACUCUUAAGCUCCUGGCCAUUCAUUACAGCACGCCAUCUCCAGUGCAGAAUCACACCAACAGAACUGAAACUGCACAUUAAAGAGAAGGCAAGUGUCACCAAAAUCUGUUUCUCAGGCUUCUUUGCAGAAUUCCAAAUUCCUAGCACGACCAAUAAGGCCCUUCUUCUACCUCUGCAGCCUCAAUUUAUGUCACUUUCCUGUUGUUCCCUAUGCUUCGGCCAUCCUGGCCUUUCCGUACUCUGAAGGAGUGGUGCUCCCUCCUAAACCAGGGCCUUUGCACGUGCUGUUCCCACUCCAGUUCACCUAGCUGGUUUCUGCUUAUCCUUAAAGUCUGGGUUUAUCUUAUUUCCUCAAGGGAGGCCUUCCUGCUCUGGAGCAGGUCAGGGCACCAUGUCCUUUACCGUAGAGCACCCUACUUCUCCUGGACAGCACCUUCACAGAUGCUUCUCCUUCAAGGGGUCAGAGUCACCAGGCCACCACUACAGCGCCUGAACCCCGGAGGUUUCUGAUUUCCACAGAAAGCUUCAAGUGCAUGCUGUGUGUGAGUGAGCCUGGCCACUUCCUCUGUGGGAUUUCAGUUCCUUAUCAGUAAAACAGAGCCCGUGGCUUUCCAUGAAUGUGGGGUUGACUUACCAGAAUGCUCAGGUCCCACGUUAUCCUCUUGAACGCAGCAGCUUUCCUCUAACCCACGAAAAUGGAAAAGCUCCUCUGCCAUUCCCGAAUACUUAUUUAAUCUGCAUUCUGGGUGGCCCCUAGGGCAGGUGACGGGCAUUCUCUACCGCAGGAUGGUGCCCCACCUGGUCCUCCCCAGGCCCUGUGGCCAUCCUGGCCACCUCCCUGUGGGCUCUCCCAGCCCUGCUGUUCAGCACUGUCCCUACCUCACAGAGGUAGGGACCUCUUUUUCUUACCUUCUUCCUUUUCUUACCUUCGUUCCUCCAAUCCCUGAUGGCCCCUAGACCUACUGUAGUUGUCUCUGUGUCUUUGGAGAGAAGACACCCCAUUAAUGUGCCAUGAAACCAAAUUUACUCCAUUUAAAGGGCUGCCUUCAUUCGGAGGCUUUGUCCGUGUUUUAGUUUUAACCUCUCUUUUCUGAAAUUGCAGUAAAAAUAAAUAGGUGUGUGUUGCUUUAACUUUUCCCUUGGAGAAAUCUGAAGCCUCCACCUUUUACUGUCAUGGGAAACACCAGGGCCUGAGAAGAACUCUCAUCUUGGGCGAGGAUGCCGUUCCUGAGCCCCACGCGUGGCCUGGGCUUUCCUUUCCCUACUUCUCUCUUCCCCCGACUUCAGCAGAUCCUGAGUCCCACAACUAUUCUAGCAUUAGCUUCUGCAAGCCCAGCUGGGCUGAAGUUUCUGCGGCUGCUUCCUCUUGGUCUCUCUGGAAAACUCCACUCAUUCAGCACCCAAGCAAGAGGUCACCUGUCUGGAACGCACUCCCUCGGCAGCGCUGUGCCACCUCUUUCCACCCCAUUUGAGUGGCCGGCACUUACCUGUGCUGUUUGUUACCUGACGUGUCCCUUCUCCCACCUACCAGCCAGUUGGUGCGGCGCUCCCAGCACACUCGGGCAAUGAGUGGGCAAGCGCUCAGGUAACGUUUGUCGAAUGAAUGAAUGAGCCACGUGCUCAGGAGGACCCUUUCCAGGGCCUCUGCUGGUUUGUUCUGCUCCGGGACUCUCCACCAGGGAGAAAUCCGAGCUGGGGACCUCGCACCACCAGGCUCCGGCCUAAGCCCGCGCCUUGCAAGCCGCCCGUUUCCUACCUCCCAUAGAAACCCCCCGUCCGUCCCGCCCCCCUAAGGGCGCACCCCUCUCACGGCGUGAGCGCCAGCCCCGGGAGCUCCAGGAACUCAGGAGAACGCCGCGGGGGUGCCCGGGUGCGGGGCGCGGGGCUGGGCGCACUGGGACAGAGGAAGGGGAGCCCCGGCGACCGCGGGGUCGGGGCCCAGGGUCCGCGCCGAGGGCGGGCGCAGAGCCCGCGGCCGUCCCGCCUCCCGCCGGCGCUCCCGGCCUUUCCCAUCCGGCCCGCGACGCUCCGCCCGCCCCGUCCCACAUGACGCCGCCUCCGCCGCAAACUUUUUCCUCCCCAUCCUGUCGCGGCUCGAAAGGAAUGGAAAAUGGCGGCCUAGACGCGGAGUUUCCUGCCCGACCCGCGGCGGCUCUGGCGGCGCCAUGACGCGCUGGGUGCCCACCAAGCGCGAGGAGAAGUACGGCGUGGCUUUUUAUAACUAUGAUGCCAGAGGAGCGGAUGAACUUUCUUUACAGAUCGGAGACACUGUGCACAUCUUAGAAACAUAUGAAGGGUGGUACCGAGGUUACACGUUACGAAAAAAGUCUAAGAAGGGUAUAUUUCCUGCUUCAUAUAUUCAUCUUAAAGAAGCGAUAGUUGAAGGAAAAGGGCAACAUGAAACAGUCAUCCCGGGUGACCUCCCCCUCAUCCAGGAAGUCACCACGACACUCCGAGAGUGGUCCACCAUCUGGAGGCAGCUCUACGUGCAAGAUAACAGGGAGAUGUUUCGAAGUGUGCGGCACAUGAUCUAUGACCUUAUUGAAUGGCGAUCACAAAUUCUUUCUGGAACUCUGCCUCAGGAUGAACUCAAAGAACUGAAGAAGAAGGUCACAGCCAAAAUUGAUUAUGGAAACAGAAUUCUAGAUUUGGACCUGGUGGUUAGAGAUGAAGACGGGAAUAUUUUGGAUCCAGAAUUAACUAGCACGAUUAGUCUCUUCAGAGCUCAUGAAAUAGCUUCUAAACAAGUGGAGGAAAGGUUACAAGAGGAAAAAUCUCAAAAGCAGAACAUAGAUAUUAACAGACAAGCCAAGUUUGCUGCAACCCCUUCUCUGGCCUUGUUUGUGAACCUCAAAAAUGUGGUUUGUAAAAUAGGAGAAGAUGCUGAAGUCCUCAUGUCUCUAUAUGACCCUGUGGAGUCCAAAUUCAUCAGUGAGAACUACCUGGUUCGCUGGUCCAGUUCAGGAUUACCUAAAGACAUAGACAGAUUACAUAAUUUGCGAGCCGUGUUUACUGACCUCGGAAGCAAAGACCUGAAAAGGGAGAAAAUCAGUUUUGUCUGUCAGAUUGUUCGCGUGGGUCGCAUGGAGCUGAGGGACAACAACACCAGGAAACUGACCUCGGGGUUGCGGCGACCUUUUGGAGUGGCUGUGAUGGAUGUAACAGAUACAAUAAAUGGAAAAGUAGACGAUGAAGAUAAGCAGCAUUUCAUUCCCUUUCAGCCGGUGGCAGGGGAGAAUGACUUCCUUCAGACUGUUAUAAACAAAGUCAUCGCUGCCAAAGAAGUCAACCACAAGGGGCAGGGUUUGUGGGUAACAUUGAAAUUACUUCCUGGAGAUAUCCAUCAGAUCCGAAAAGAGUUUCCGCAUUUAGUGGACAGGACCACAGCUGUGGCUCGAAAAACAGGGUUUCCGGAGAUAAUCAUGCCUGGUGAUGUUCGAAAUGAUAUCUAUGUAACAUUAGUUCAAGGAGAUUUUGAUAAAGGAAGCAAAACAACAGCGAAGAAUGUGGAGGUCACGGUGUCUGUGUACGAUGAGGAUGGGAAACGAUUAGAGCAUGUGAUUUUCCCGGGUGCUGGUGAUGAAGCGAUUUCAGAGUACAAAUCUGUGAUUUACUACCAAGUAAAGCAGCCACGCUGGUUUGAGACUGUUAAGGUGGCCAUUCCCAUCGAGGACGUUAACCGCAGUCACCUUCGGUUUACCUUCCGCCACAGGUCAUCACAGGACUCUAAGGAUAAAUCUGAGAAAAUAUUUGCACUAGCAUUUGUCAAGCUGAUGAGAUACGAUGGUACCACCCUGCGAGAUGGAGAGCACGAUCUUAUCGUCUAUAAGGCCGAAGCGAAGAAGCUGGAAGACGCAGCCACGUACUUGAGUCUGCCCUCCACGAAGGCAGAGUUGGAAGAAAAGGGCCACUCGGCCACCGGCAAGAGCAUGCAGAGCCUUGGGAGCUGCACCAUUAGCAAGGACUCCUUCCAGAUCUCCACGCUUGUGUGCUCCACCAAACUGACUCAGAACGUGGACCUUCUGGGGCUCUUGAAGUGGCGCUCCAACACCAGCCUGCUGCAGCAGAACUUGAGGCAGCUGAUGAAAGUCGAUGGUGGUGAAGUAGUGAAGUUUCUUCAGGACACGUUGGAUGCCCUCUUCAACAUCAUGAUGGAGAACUCAGAGAGUGAGACUUUUGACACGUUAGUCUUUGAUGCUCUGGUAUUUAUCAUUGGACUGAUUGCUGAUAGAAAAUUUCAGCAUUUUAAUCCUGUUUUGGAAACUUACAUUAAGAAACACUUUAGUGCAACGUUAGCCUACACGAAGUUGACAAAAGUGUUGAAGAACUACGUGGACGGUGCUGAGAAGCCGGGAGUAAAUGAGCAGCUGUACAAAGCCAUGAAAGCGCUAGAAUCCAUCUUCAAGUUCAUCGUGCGCUCCAGGAUCCUGUUCAAUCAACUGUAUGAAAACAAGGGAGAGGCUGACUUCGUGGAAUCUUUGCUGCAGCUCUUCAGGUCCAUCAAUGACAUGAUGAGCAGCAUGUCAGACCAGACCGUCCGGGUGAAGGGGGCAGCACUGAAAUACUUACCAACGAUCGUCAACGAUGUGAAAUUGGUGUUUGAUCCCAAAGAGCUCAGCAAAAUGUUUACUGAAUUCAUCCUCAAUGUUCCCAUGGGCUUGCUGACCAUCCAGAAACUCUACUGCUUGAUCGAAAUCGUCCACAGUGACCUCUUCACACAACAUGACUGCAGAGAGAUCCUGCUUCCCAUGAUGACCGAUCAGCUCAAGUACCAUCUGGAGAGACAGGAGGACCUGGAGGCCUGCUGUCAGCUGCUCAGCCACAUCCUGGAGGUGCUGUACAGGAAGGACGUGGGGCCAACCCAGAGGCACGUCCAGAUUAUCAUGGAGAAACUUCUCCGGACCGUGAACCGAACCGUCAUUUCCAUGGGACGAGAUUCCGAACUCAUUGGAAACUUCGUGGCUUGCAUGACCGCUAUUUUACGACAAAUGGAAGAUUACCAUUAUGCCCACUUGAUCAAGACUUUUGGGAAAAUGAGGACUGAUGUGGUAGAUUUCCUAAUGGAAACCUUCAUCAUGUUUAAGAACCUCAUUGGAAAGAACGUUUACCCCUUCGACUGGGUGAUCAUGAACAUGGUGCAAAAUAAAGUCUUCCUGCGAGCAAUUAAUCAGUAUGCAGAUAUGCUGAACAAAAAAUUUCUGGAUCAAGCCAACUUUGAGCUACAGCUGUGGAACAACUACUUUCACCUGGCUGUUGCUUUCCUUACUCAAGAGUCCCUGCAACUGGAGAAUUUUUCAAGUGCCAAGAGAGCCAAAAUCCUUAACAAGUACGGAGAUAUGAGGAGACAGAUUGGCUUUGAAAUCAGAGACAUGUGGUACAACCUUGGUCAACACAAGAUAAAGUUCAUUCCAGAAAUGGUGGGCCCAAUAUUAGAAAUGACAUUAAUUCCCGAGACGGAGCUGCGCAAAGCCACCAUCCCCAUCUUCUUUGAUAUGAUGCAGUGUGAAUUCCAUUCGACCCGAAGCUUCCAAAUGUUUGAAAAUGAGAUCAUCACCAAGCUGGAUCAUGAAGUCGAAGGAGGCAGAGGAGACGAACAGUACAAAGUGUUAUUUGAUAAAAUCCUUCUGGAGCACUGCAGGAAGCACAAAUACCUUGCCAAAACAGGAGAAACUUUUGUAAAACUCGUUGUGCGCUUAAUGGAAAGGCUUUUGGAUUAUAGAACCAUCAUGCACGACGAGAACAAAGAAAACCGCAUGAGCUGCACCGUCAAUGUGCUGAAUUUCUACAAAGAAAUUGAAAGAGAAGAAAUGUAUAUAAGGUAUUUGUACAAGCUCUGUGACCUGCACAAGGAGUGUGAUAACUACACCGAAGCGGCUUACACCUUGCUUCUCCAUGCAAAGCUUCUUAAGUGGUCGGAGGAUGUGUGUGUGGCCCACCUCACCCAGCGGGACGGGUACCAGGCCACCACGCAGGGACAGCUGAAGGAGCAGCUCUACCAGGAAAUCAUCCACUACUUCGACAAAGGCAAGAUGUGGGAGGAGGCCAUUGCCUUGGGCAAGGAGCUAGCCGAGCAGUAUGAGAACGAAAUGUUUGAUUAUGAGCAACUCAGCGAAUUGCUGAAAAAACAGGCUCAGUUUUAUGAAAACAUCGUCAAAGUGAUCAGGCCCAAGCCUGACUAUUUUGCUGUUGGCUACUACGGACAAGGGUUCCCCACAUUCCUGCGGGGAAAAGUUUUCAUUUACCGAGGGAAAGAGUAUGAGCGCCGGGAGGAUUUUGAGGCUCGGCUCUUAACUCAGUUUCCAAACGCUGAGAAAAUGAAGACAACAUCUCCACCAGGCGACGAUAUUAAAAACUCUCCUGGCCAGUAUAUUCAGUGCUUCACAGUGAAGCCCAAACUCGAUCUGCCUCCGAAGUUUCACAGGCCAGUGUCAGAGCAGAUUGUAAGUUUUUACAGGGUGAACGAGGUCCAGCGAUUUGAAUAUUCUCGGCCAAUCCGGAAGGGAGAGAAAAACCCAGACAAUGAAUUUGCGAAUAUGUGGAUCGAGAGAACCAUAUACACAACUGCAUAUAAAUUACCUGGAAUUUUAAGGUGGUUUGAGGUCAAGUCUGUUUUCAUGGUGGAAAUCAGCCCCCUGGAGAAUGCCAUCGAGACCAUGCAGCUGACGAACGACAAGAUCAACAGCAUGGUGCAGCAGCACCUGGAUGACCCCAGCCUGCCCAUCAACCCGCUCUCCAUGCUCCUGAACGGCAUCGUGGACCCAGCUGUCAUGGGGGGCUUCACAAACUACGAAAAGGCCUUCUUUACAGACCGGUACCUGCAGGAGCACCCUGAGGCCCAUGAAAAGAUCGAGAAGCUCAAGGACCUGAUUGCUUGGCAGAUUCCUUUUCUGGCCGAAGGGAUCAGAAUCCAUGGAGACAAAGUCACGGAGGCACUGAGGCCGUUCCACGAGAGGAUGGAGGCCUGUUUCAAACAGCUGAAGGAAAAGGUGGAGAAAGAGUACGGCGUCCGAAUCAUGCCCUCAAGUCUGGACGAUAGAAGAGGCAGCCGCCCCCGGUCCAUGGUGCGGUCCUUCACGAUGCCUUCCUCAUCCCGCCCUCUGUCUGUGGCCUCUGUCUCUUCCCUCUCAUCGGACAGCACCCCUUCCAGGCCAGGCUCCGAUGGGUUUGCCCUGGAGCCUCUCCUGCCAAAGAAAAUGCACUCCAGGUCCCAGGACAAGCUGGACAAGGAUGACCUGGAGAAGGAGAAGAAGGACAAGAAGAAGGAAAAAAGGAACAGUAAACAUCAAGAGAUAUUUGAGAAAGAAUUUAAACCCACCGACAUUUCCCUGCAGCAGUCUGAGGCUGUGAUCCUUUCGGAAACGAUAAGUCCCCUGCGGCCCCAGAGACCGAAGAGCCAGGUGAUGAACGUCAUUGGAAGCGAAAGGCGCUUCUCGGUGUCCCCCUCGUCACCGUCCUCCCAGCAAACGCCCCCUCCGGUUACACCAAGGGCCAAGCUCAGCUUCAGCAUGCAGUCGAGCUUGGAGCUGAACGGCAUGACGGGGGCGGACGUGGCCGAUGUCCCACCCCCUCUGCCUCUCAAAGGCAGCGUGGCAGAUUACGGGAAUUUGAUGGAAAACCAGGACUUGCUGGGCUCGCCAACACCUCCACCUCCCCCUCCACACCAGAGGCAUCUGCCACCUCCACUGCCCAGCAAAACUCCGCCUCCUCCCCCUCCAAAGACAACUCGCAAGCAGACAUCGGUGGACUCCGGGAUCGUGCAGUGACGUCGCAAGGCUGUCUGGAAAGAGUGUGCUGCCCCUCCCCAUCUCCAUGCCCUCUCCUUCUGUGUCCCCUGAGUCUGCUGUUUACCUCAUUGGGCCUGUGAUGUUAACAUUUCGUGCGAUUGCUUUUCCUUCAAAGGAGUUCAGUUCUCAUCAUGGAGUGAGUGGCCUUUAGCGUCAUGGAGCAAGGUGGGUCUGGGAGGUAGAUAUGGGUCCGGGAUGUGCCAUCGUAGUUAUCAGAGUUGGGGGCCUCUGAGUGUGUCUGGCUCUGCGAGAGUCCGAGUCUUGCCCAAACAUUCUUUCUUUUUGUGCCAAAUGACUUGCAUUUGCAAAGAGCUCAAUUGCUCUGAGCUCAGCCAAGUAGGAGAGGCUAGGCCAUCACUCUUGGGAAGCUGUGUAGUGAUGAUGUAUAAGAAUCCUCCUCACUGUCAUGGGAUGUUGUAUCCAGCCCCUCCUUGUUCCAGCCGGUGGUGUGACUUCGUUGGUUGAGGUGUGUCUCCAACCUACAUCAGACAAUGAAGUUCAACCCCUCCAGGGAAGCUCCUGAUUUCCCCUGCAUAAUUGAAAAUAGGAUAUUUCUCAGCUACUGAACAGUUACUAAUUUAUGGGGUGGAAACAGCAUUAAGAAUACUGAAUCAAAUGGAAAAACAAAUGAAUACAGGAAGAUAAGUGUUCGUUCUUUUCUGAAAAAGAGUAUGUGUACCACAAGAGCUGGUUUUAAUUGGGUGAAUUGUUUUUGUCCUCAUUCUGUACAGAAAUUUGUAUAUAUGAUGGUUCUUAGAACUUGUUUUAAUUUUUGUGGUCCUUCUGUUUAUUAUAAUAGGCAUCCACCAAUGAUUAUCCAUAUGUGUUCUUAAUUUUUAACUGCUGGAAGUGUUAAAACACACACACACACCCACAUUUUUUUUUUCAGAACUCCAAAGUCCUGAAAAUUUUGGUGGACAAUGAUUUUUAAAAAACUAACUUUGUAUAACCUAAUAUUUGUAUUCUCUCAUCUAUAUUUUUUUAUUCACUAUAGUCAUGAUACUCUUCUAAUAGACUCAAAAGUUAAUCAUUGACAACGAAAAAUAAAAUGUUAUUUUAAAAGA